AACUUUAUUUGUGUGGAUGAUUCUUGAAAAAUACUUUUCUUCAUUCAAACACAAAAUAGUAAAGAUAAUAAUACUAACAGAAUGAAACCUCUAGCCCUUCUAACAUUUUUUUCUGUUCAUGAACAAAAGGGAAAAUGCAUAAUUGGCCCUUUUCCUUUUUUAUUUUUAAAUUUGGUCAACAUGUAUCUGUAAAGAUUUUUAUUUUAAACGCCAACUGAAAAGGAAAGCUUCAGCAACUCUCCAAAUCAAUACCAAAAGGAAAUCCAAGGAAUAGAAGAAAAUGGCGAGAUACGACAGAGCGAUCACUGUGUUCUCGCCGGACGGCCAUUUGUUCCAAGUGGAAUAUGCCCUCGAAGCCGUCCGUAAAGGUAACGCCGCCGUCGGUGUCCGCGGCACCGACAUCGUCGUCCUCGGCGUCGAGAAAAAAUCCACCGCCAAGCUCCAGGACUCCAGAUCGGUUAGGAAGAUUGUGAACUUGGAUGAUCACAUUGCAUUGGCAUGUGCUGGACUCAAAGCAGAUGCUCGCGUCCUCAUAAAUAGGGCUAGGAUUGAAUGUCAAAGUCACAGGCUGACUGUUGAAGAUCCGGUAACCGUCGAGUAUAUUACUCGUUACAUUGCAGGUCUUCAGCAGAAGUACACUCAAAGUGGAGGCGUUAGGCCAUUUGGUCUCUCGACACUGAUUGUGGGCUUUGAUCCAUAUAGCGGUGUACCAUCACUUUAUCAGACAGAUCCAUCAGGUACAUUUUCCGCUUGGAAAGCUAAUGCAACUGGGAGAAACUCUAACUCGAUACGAGAGUUCCUAGAGAAGAACUAUAAGGAAACCUCUGGACAAGAAACCAUUAAGCUUGCAAUUCGUGCAUUGCUUGAGGUUGUUGAGAGUGGGGGAAAGAACAUUGAAGUUGCUGUGAUGACAAAGGAGCAUGGCCUGCGGCAGCUUGAUGAAGCUGAAAUUGAUGCCAUUGCAGCUGAGAUUGAAGCAGAGAAGGAAGCAGCUGAGGCUGCAAAGAAGGCCCCUCCAAAGGAAACAUGAAGCAUCAACUGUUGACUUCUAUUCUAUUCACUUUUCUCUCCUUUUCUUUUUAGGGGGGUGGUGCCUGGGGGGUUGUCCGGGGUUUCUUAGUAGUCGAUUAUUGAUGUAUUGGCCUCACACUUGGACCCGGUGGAGCUUCAUCAUACACAUGAUGGAUUUUUUUUUUUUUUAGCCAUUGUUGGCAUUUUAUUUGCUUUAAGGUAUUUCAAUUAUGAAUUUCAACAGUUCCUAGAAGUUGAAGCUAUUUCUGCAAAUGUUAUGAAAUUGUUUUGACACUAAAAAGAAAGCAACCAAUUCAUUUAAUAUGCAAAAGGCUUGCAAAGAUUAAACAGUAAGAUUCUGUUUGCUUGUUAAGAUCAAUUAAUUGAGAUUACGUCUUUCAUAAACAAAAUCAAUGAGAUUAUGGGUUUG